CCUAUGUCUAUCCACUUUAAUGUAGCGCUAUGAAAAAUGUUUAUUCCACCCAUUAAGAGGAACCCUCCCGCAUAUGCAGCACAAUGGUUGUCUUGAAGUUCCUCUUCUACUGAGACAGAUCCCCCGGAGAGAAAUUGUAAGGAGAGGUCAAUGGAUUAUGAUAGGGAAGAACAUAAUUCUCAGCAGACUAGAGGCAGAAAUGUGGUGGGAAGUUGUCACAAGAGAAACCUGGACACUUCUGAAGAAGAUGUGCCUAAACAACAGGAACCGAAACGAGGGCGGCCUCGCUUGGAAUUAACAGACGAGCAAAAGAAGAAAAAGCACAACGAUAGUUGUAAAAACUAUAGGUUGAAAAGAAACGCUGAGCUUCUGAGGCUUCAAGAUAUUGGAAAAACGCUCCUUGAAAUAUUUGGAACUUCAAAUCCUGAAAUUUUAAAGGUAGAGCUUCGGAGGCUCCAAAAAUUUGCAAACGAGUUCCAAGAAGAAUUUGGAAGUUCCUCUCCUAAAAGUUUAAAGGUACAUAACAAAGUCAACACUAAACAUACUAUAUGGUCCAAAUGCAUAAAACCUAAGGCUGUUGACAAGCCCUGCAAAACCAUAAUAAGAGGACGGGUAUACUUCUGCAAAGGAAGGUGGUGUGUACAUCCUACUAAAUGUCAGGAAACGAACACAUUGCAGGAGAUCUUGUCUAAGCUUGGAGUUCCUGAAGAAGUUUUAGAGGGCAUAAGGAAAGGAACCCCGUGGGAAGAAUUAGGGAAGGUUUGGCAAGCUUCAAAGGAUAAAUUUCCUGCCCAAAAAGAAAUAUUGCAGGACAAAAUGGAAGAAGACUUGUCAGACGGGGAUUUUUUCAUGUCAUACAUUGAUGACCUUGCGUCAUAUUUCCGUCAGUGUCGACCUCGGUAUUAUAGUCCAUCAGCAGCCAUGAAUGAACCAAUUGAACAAGAGACAGCUGAAUUCAGUAGCUUUCAGCAAACUGAAAUAAAGCAGGAGACCAUGUGUGAGAAGUUUGAAGUUACUAAAGAAGCUUUAGAGCCAUCGCCUACAAUGGUGCAAGCAUUCAUACCUGGAGACUUGGUUUGGGGAAAUGCAACAAGGUCACUUCUCAUGCACUACCCUCAAACAUCCAUUAUGAGUCCAAGUCCACUUGGAGGCCAAGUUCAUCCUCAUCUUCAGCCUCCUGUUCCAGGUCAGCCUCAAGCUCAGCCGUCGUCUCCUGGUUUACUUCCUAAUCCACCCAUGCCUCCUUUCCCCUCCCCAAGAGGAGUUAAUGACCCUGCAGACUCGGGUUGGGGAAAUGCAGCAGGGUCACUUCUCAUGCACUACCCUCAAACAUCCAUUAUGAGUCCAAGUCCAGUUGGAGGCCAAGUUCAUCCUCAUCUUCAGCCUCCUGGAACAGGUCAGCCUCAAGCUCAGCCGUCGUCUUCUGGUUUACUGCCUAAUCCACCCAUGCCUCCUGUCCCUUCCCCAAGAGGAGUUAAUGACCCUGUAGACUCGGGUUGGGGAAAUGCAGCUGGAUCACUUCUCAUGCACUACCCUCAAACACCCAUUAUGAGGCCAAGUCCAAUUGGAGGCCAAGUUCAUCCUCAUCUUCAGCCUCCUGUUCCAAGUCAGCCUCAAGCUCAGCCGCCGUCUUCUGGUUUACUUCCUAAUCCACCCAUGUCUCCUUUCCCCUCCCCAAGAGGAGUUAAUGACCCUAUAGACUCGGGUUGGGGAAAUGCAACAGGGUCACUUCUCAUGCACUACCCUCAAACAUCCAUUAUGAGUCCAAGUCCAGUUGGAGGCCAAGUUCAUCCUCAUCUUCAGCCUCCUGUUCUAGGUCAGCCUCAAUCUCAGCCGUCGUCUUCUGGUUUACUUCCUAAUCCACCCAUGCCUCCUUUCCCUUCCCCAAGAGGAGUUAAUGACCCUGUAGACUCGGGUUGGGGAAAUGCAGCAGGGUCACUUCUCAUGCACUACCCUCAAACAUCCAUUAUGAGUCCAAGUCCAGUUGGAGGCCAAGUUGAUCAUCAUCUUCAGCCUUCUGUUCUAGGUCAGCCUCAAGCUCAGCCGUCGUCUUCUGGUUUACUUCCUAAUCCACCCAUGCCUCCUUUCCCCUCCCCAAGAGGAGUUAAUGACCCUGUAGACUCGAGUUGGGAAAAUGCAGCAGGGUCACUUCUCAUGCACUACCCUCAAACAUCCAUUAUAAGUCCAAGUCCAGUUGGAGGCCAAGUUCAACAUCAUCUUCAGCCUCCUGUUCCAGGUCAGCCUCAAGCUCAGCCGCCGUCUUCUAGUUUACUUCCUAAUCCACCCAUGCCUCCUUUCCCCUCCCUAAGAGGAGUUAAUGACCUUGUAGACUCGGGUUGGGGAAAUGCAGCAGAGCCACUUCUCAUGCACUACCCUCAAACAUCCAUUAUGAGUCCAAGUCCAAUUGGAGGCCAAGUUCAUCCUCAUCUUCAGCCUCCUGUUCUAGGUCAGCCUCAAGCUCAGCCGCCGUCUUCUGGUUUACUUCCUAAUCCACCCAUGCCUCCUUUCCCCUCCCUAAGAGGAGUUAAUGACCCUAUAGACUCGGGUUGGGGAAAUGUAGCAGGGUCACUUCUCAUGCACUACCCUCAAACAUCCAUUAUGAGUCCAAGUCCAAUUGAAGGCCAAGUUCAUCCUCAUCUUCAGCCUCCUGUUCUAGGUCAGCCUCAAGCUCAACCGCCGUCUUCUGGUUUACUUCCUAAUCCACCCAUGCCUCCUUUCCCCUCCCCAAGAGGAGUUAAUGACCCUGUAGACUCGGGUCAGCCUCAAGCUCAGCCACUGUCUUCUGGUUUCCUUCCUAAUCCACCCAUGCCUCUUUUCCCCUCCCCAAGAGCCGUUAAUGACCUUGUAGCACCUAUGCUUGGUCUUCCUUCUCCACGAAUGAAUGGUCCCCUCUCACCAAUGCCUAAUAUCCCUUCACUAGGAAUGAAUGGACCUUUGCCCUUACCCACUGAUUACCCCAAUUUCUUGUCCCCUGAUCCCAUAUUGUCUCCCAGUACCGAACUCCCUCCAAUGACACCUAGUUUUCCUUUCUCACACUUUUCUCAGUCAGGGAUUUUUGGUCCAGGGCCUCAACUUCCACUUUCUCCUAGUUUGGUCUUUCCAUUAUCACCUUCAGGGUUUUCCCCACCUACAGUCGUCUAAAUCUUGGAGUAGGCGAGUUAAGGGAGGAAUUCUUGUGUAUCUGAAUCUGUAGUGUUGUAUCAGUUUGAACUUUGAAAAUAAUUUUUUUUCUUAUUGUUUAUUAAUUACUAGCCUGUGGAAAUAAAUUCUUCAAGUGUUA